AUGAAGAUCGCCGACGUCACAGCUCUUGUCAUGCUGCCAUCUACCGCCUUGGCAACAUGCGGUACCGCUUACUCAAGUAGCAAGAUUGAUGGUACACUACUCCGCGCUGUUGUAAUCAACAUGGGCACCGACGCCACCAACAUCACCGCUACUCAAUACGACCAAUACUUUGAGCAAGGAAGCGCUCUUGAGGGUGUCAAGGCCCUCAUCGCUGCCGGUCAGGUUUACAUCAACCUGUGGUCCAUCCCAAGCACCGAAGCUAGCUUCAAGAGCUCUAGCGACUGCUUGAGCGACGGCUACACACUUAAUCAGGUGGCUUGGCUUUCUUCCAACGCCAUGGCCGAGAGCUGGUUGGGUGGCUAUAAAGCUGAGACCGCGGAGGAUAGCUAUGAUGCCGCUGCCCUUUCUGUCAUCACAAGCAUUGUUGCAGGUCUCGAAGUGCGCUUCUGGGAUACCAACGGCGAUGGCUACACCGAUCUUAUUGAUGCCGAUUACCUCGAGGGUGUCACCGUCGACACCAUCACAGAAAACGCCAACGGCACCUUCUCGGUCUACCGCGGCAAUAUUGAUGUUGAAAACAAGACUCCCUACGAAGGUACUAUUUUCGAAGCCGAAUGCUUUGCCGGCAGCGGAAUUGCUAUCGAAGCCGCCAACUUCGACACGACUAUCAAGUCGGGUGAUGUCUGUCUCUUCUGGUACGGCCCUAGCGGCUGGGCCAUGGAGCGCGCCCUGGAAAUUAAUGGCCUCUUCGUUGACGGCGCCGACCACACCUUCUACGACAUCGCCGGCGUCACCUACGAAGAUGCUAUGCUUUUCUCCCGCGACAAUCUGUUCAUCUCCAACCGCCCCGGUGAAUUCACCGACACGCAAAAGUUCUUCGGAUUGACCAACGACACUGCCGCGGGCCUUGACGUUAGCCUCUGGCUCGUACCCGUCACCAACGCCGGCAACUCGGCUGCCUUCCUUACCCGGGCCGUUGCUCAGGCUCAAGCCGAGCUAGCUAACGUGACUAUCAGUGCCGACGGCUCCGACGUUCCUUCUACCUAG